UGCCCAGUCACUACGGCGCAGCGAAAGCAACAAACCCAUAUGAUUACAUCAUCCAAUCAACUGGAAGGACAGUAUGAGUUUAUGAUGCAUCCCAAUUUUAAGGAGAUCUACGAGAAUCCAAAAACCAAAUUCGAUUUGGUGUUCUUGGGAUUGAUGGCCAACAACUAUCAGUUGGGCAUUGCUGCCAAGUUGAAAUGUCCGGUCAUUAGGGCCGAUCCUCUGCCCAAGGAGUUGGCCAAGUUUCUUGAUAACGCUGAUGAGGGCGCGAUAUUUUUCAGUCUAGGCACUAAUGUGAAUACGAAUACCUUUCGACCCGAUACCGUGGAUAUCCUGUAUAAAGUGCUGUCCCAGUUGCCUCAGCGAGUUAUUUGGAAGUGGGAGGACCUGAAAAACAAGCCAGGAAAUGCCUCCAACAUAUUCUUCGGCAAUUGGCUGCCCCAGGACGAUAUCUUGGCCCAUCCGAACACGAAACUAUUCAUAACUCAUGCGGGCAAGGGCGGUGUGGCAGAGGCCCAAUAUCAUGGAGUUCCCAUGGUGGCGCUACCGAUCUUUGGCGAUCAACAGGGAAAUGCUGAAAUCAUGACAAAAUCUGGCUUUGGCAGAUGGUUGGAUAUUCUCACAAUGACGGAGAAUGAACUGAAGGAGACUAUCUAUGAGGUCCUGGAGAAUCCCGCGUAUCGUGAGACGAUCGGAAAGUUCUCCACCCUUUACAGGGAUCGUCCCUUAACAGCCCGUCAAUCGGUCAUCUACUGGACCGAGUACGUGUUGCGCCAUCAAGGAGCACUUCACCUGCAGAGUCCCCUCAUUAACACAGGCUUUGUGGCUCGAAACAAUCUCGAUGUCUAUGGAGUAGUUCUCCUGGUCAGUAUUCUACUCAUAGUCACUAGUAAGUUUCUACUUCGCAAGAUUUUAAAUGUUGCAAGUGGAUACAGUAAUCGCCGCGAAUCGCUGGCAAGAAAGCUUAAAAGUAAUUAA